CGCGGGCGUAGCAAGGAUUGCACGCGCCGUAUGCUGGCCUGCGCAAUCUGUUGGUGACGUGCACUUGUCGUUAUUAUAGCAAGGAGCAAUUGCAUCCGCACUACGUGCCGCAGGUGGCGUGCACCGGUGACGCCGACGCGGGUAUGGUGCCUGUUUGAAGCCCUCGCUGCCAUCCAGACACCAGGUGUUGGCUUCGAUGUGCUGCUGGACGUAAAGGACUCGAAAGACACCCGCGUCAAGACUAUCACGGUCAUCAGCAACAGCAUUGAUGUGCGCACCGCGCAUGCCACGGUCAUGUCUGACAAGACCUAUAUCCUGGGCUGCAUCGAGCAGGGCGUGGGGGUCGGCACCUUCAACAACACCAUCCGCAAGCGUCUGAAGGAGGCUCUGCUGCAGGCUGUGACGCCCAACGCGGUGGAGAUGGGCGAUACGGCGGCGCUGCACGAGCUGCUCAAGAUCGGGGGCUGUGUGCGGCCGGACGGCAUCUGCGAGUUCUCCUCCAUGUUCCGACUGGCCUCAGAGGGGGACAUCCUGCGCAUCCUGCGCAGCAUGCAAAUCCGAGAUCUGCGGCCGCGCGGCCUGGUGCUGACGGGGCGGCGGCAGAAGGAAGUGAUGCUGUCGGAUGCGGGGCUGCGCGACUGGGACGAUGAGGGGCUGCGGCUCCGUGAGUAUGGCGAGGUGGAGACCGGCCGCAUGCUGUGGAACUACCUGCCCGCCGCGCCCGCGUUGUGUCAGUCCAUUGCGGAGCUGCUGCUGAUGCCGCCCGCGUCUAGCACCAACCGCGGCGUGGAGGAGCUGUGGAUCAGCCUGCGCGCGCCCAGGGCGGACGAGUUCGCUCCGCCGCCGGCCGUGCUGCGGCAGCCCUCCACCGGAGCGCUCAUCUCCACGUCCGCCGCUGCGGCAGCGGCGGCAAGCCUAGGCAUUCAAGGCGGCGGGGAAGAGGGCGACGAGGACGAAAGCAGCCCUCCCAGCCCACGCGCCGGGCCCUCAGGGCCUUCCUAUGGCGCCCCGGCGCCGUCUCUGCCGCCGCUCAGGGGGCCAGCGUCAGCAGCUGCCAGUGCGGACCCGGAUGCGGCCGUUGCCGCGGCGGCUGCGGCGGCGCUAGGGGGCACUUGUGGCGGCAACAAGAGCCGCAACGGCUUCAGCAGCGCGACCGCUGCCCGAGCAGCAGCACGGGCGGCGGUGGCGUCGCCAAGCCGGCGACGUGCAAUGCUGCUGUCGAUAGGUUGCAGCUCCGGCGGCGCGUUGCUGGGGGCUGCCGGUGGCGGGAGCGGAGGCGGGGCGGGGGGCGGCGGUGGCCUGGUUCCGAGCGGGAGCGCAUCCUUCCGUGCCAGCGGCAGUGGUGCAAUCAUGCGGCAGCAACAGCAGCCCUCGCAUGUGAUUGACUGGUCGGAGGGCCGGGGUCCAGCAGGCGGCGGCAGCGGCGGGUUCAGUGGCGGGGGCAGUGGCGGCGGUGCGCUGCCGACGGCCGCUACCAUGCUACGUGGAAGCAGCAGCAGCCGUAUGCUGCAGCGACGGCCGUCGUUCGGCGGGGGCCAGGGCGCGCUGCUGGCGGGCGUGGCGGCGGCGGGUGCAGCAGGCAGCAACAACAGCAGUCCGCGUGUGUCCAUGGGUGGCACGCCGCAGCAGUUUCAGCACCCGCUCGUCGCGAUGGUGCUCAACCGCGGCUCCGGUAGUGUGGGGAGCAGUCCACGCAUGUCAGGGACGGGGCUGCCGCCAGCGCCGCAGCCCGGCGGGGGCCUGGGUAGCUAUGGCAGCCCACGUGUGUCCAUGACGGGACUGACUGGGUCGCUGGGAGGGACUGCGCCGGUGCAGCCGGGUCUGGCAGCGCUCAUGUUUACGGAACGGGGCGGUGGCGGCAGCGCGCCGAGCAGCGGCCCGACCAGCCAGACGGGCAGUCCUCGCGCUCUGCAUCCGCAGCCGCCCAGCGGCCACAUGGUCGGUGCAAGUAACCCCCGGGUGCGGUGGAGCACCAGCGGGAUAUCAGAGCCUGCGUCGCAGCAGCCACAGCAGCAACAGCAACAGCAGCAGUUGGCAAUCCAGCGAGGGAACAGCAGUGGUAUCUUCGGGGCUCGGGCAUCCUCGCCAACGGCUCAGGAGCGUCCUGAGCUUCCGUUGCCGCCUGGUCGCCCGGCGCUGUGGGCGGGGGUGGGCGGCAGUCCCACGCUGCGCACGCUGUGCCUCUACCAGUCGGUGCUGGCGCCUCAGGACGUGGCGAUGCUCGCGGCGGCGUUGCGUAUGAAUGCUGGCCUUGUAAAUUUGCAGUUUGUGCGCUGCUCGGCCCCGGGACCGGAGGGCAACACCGCUGUCUCCACCGCCCGCCUGACGGGGGAGCUGCUGGCGCUGGGGCUGUCGGCCAGCCACCUGCGGCAGCUGCACGUGCGGCCCGCAGGACCCCUGUACCUCGACUCCAUUCCGCCCUGCUGCCCACCGCGUGACUCGUUGCUGCGGCGCGUGUCGCUGACGCCCGUGGCGCUGUCCCCGGCCGCCAUCCGGCAGCUGGGCCGCCUGCUAGCGCCCCUCCCGGAGCUCGAGAGCCUCACGGUGGGCCUGGACCCCGCACCCUACACCACCUUCAUGCCACGGGACCCCUCCGAAUGGGACCAAUGGCUGUGGUUCGAGGACCGCAAUGACCCGGAGAUGGCGUCGCGGCGGCGGCGGUACAUGGGGCUGGACGACGAAGGCCAAGCCUACUACGUGGCCAACGCCAUUGACCUCAAGGAUGAGCUCCUGGCCCUACCGCGCGCCGGCAGCAGCCACGGCGGCGACGCGGCUCCUAACGGCGGCGCCGGCGGCCUUGGCAGAGGUGCGGCCUUGGCGCCCAUGGACCAGCGGGCAGCCGGCAUCAGCAUGUGCCUGGCGCUCCUGUGCGGCUGGCGGGACUUUAAGGCCUACCGUCAGCAGUACGGGCGCUGGGAGUGGGCGCGGCGCGUGUCGCUGGAGGAUUCCUUGGCGGAGAUGACGCGAAAUUUCGAGUCCAUGGCCGUCAUAGUGAUUGAGAGUUUGCAAGCCACACCGCCGGCGUACUCGGCCCGGUUUGACGCUGCUUGCCGGCACAGUCUCAGCAACCUCAAGCCCACGCGGCUGCAGGAGAUAUACUGGGAGCUCUACGCGUGAUGACGGUGGAGUGGGGCACCAACGGCGCGGGGCUAGCAAUAAGGGGCAGGCUCGGCCGUCCCCCUGCGCUGGAGCAGCACUCAAGUGGGAGCCAUGCGGGACCGUUGCGAAGGCCUUGGGGCUACAAUACAUUGCUGCAUUGUGGAGCCUGUACCUGAGGCGCCUAGUGGCGACAUGGGAGACCCUGCUCAUGUUAGCUGUUGCAUGGGAGUGUGCGUUUUGCCCGCAUGAGCGCGGCGGCAGGCGUGUUUAGACGACUGGGGACCGCGUCCUCUGGCGCGGCACAGCAUGGGGCAUGCAACGGUGGGGACCAGAUUUAUUUACUCUCACCUAGACGUCUCAACUAGCCUCGCCAGCAAGUUUGCAGUCUUUCACUGUCCGCCGACCGGAGCAAGAACCUGCUGACGUCGAAGCUCACUAGCUUUAGACCUUGAGGCUUUCCAACAUCCGCAACCAACAUCCGGCACGCGCUGGUGGAGAUGCUGCUGGGGCACAAGCGACCUGCAUCGCUGCAGAAUGGCGGCGGCAGCGGUGGCGGCGGUAGCAGCAGCAGCAGCAGCGGCGGCGGCAGCAGCAGCGGGGGCGCGUGCGCGCAUCUUGGUAGCGGAGAGGGCGGGGCGCAGCGCCGCCCAAGAAGCGGCGCAAGCGCGCAGGCUGAGGAGCCGGCUGGUGUCUAGGUAGCGGUCCACGGUGGGGCUGGCAGGGCGUGCGUAGCGGUAUGACAAGUACGGUAGUGCGGCUCAGGCCUGUGCGGCUGUUGACAACUGUGCUGCGUCUGGCUGCGGUUGGCUCUGCUGUGGCAUCGCGAUUGCUGGGCACCUGGUUUGGCUAUCUGCCUGUGGAAACCGACCCCGGCUAUGUCCGGGCGAUGAGGUUGUUCGGCCUCAGACUGUGGACGGAGGGGCUCAGCUCUUCUCCCGUGACCGGGCAACACUUGUCAAGGCUAUGCACCCACAAGUUCAUGGGAGGUUUGGGCUUAUAUCCUCGGUGCCCAAAGGCCCAAAUGUCAUAGUAAGCAGGAGAACCCCUGAUAGUAACUAGUAAGCGUAUCUGUGGCGAUUGGUGGAGGGCAUGACACGGGGCUCUGCCUAGAUGUGCGGGCAGUACUGCUGUCCCUGCGUCUUGCUAACCGGCCUUCUAUGCGUGCUAGCGACUACAACGUCUCUUGGUGUUGCGCACAUUCGCGUUCGCAUUUCGAAAGCACUUCGCUUACUGGUACUACG